AUGUGCUCCACAAGUCUCAGAGACCUUGCUUCCGACGAAGUUUAUUCAAAUGUUCUACAUGUUCUUACAAUAAUUGAGAUAUCAGCCCAUUUCUUCGGAGCAUAUGUCAUAGCUUCAAAAACCCCGAAAAAGUUGGAAUCUGUGAGGGCGAGCAUGUUAUAUCUACACUUGGUUGGAGCAUUUGUCGACGUCUAUUUUAGUCUGUUAACUAUGCCAGUAUUGCAUUUACCUAUUUGCGGAGGUCAUCCGCUCGGUAUUCUCUCAUUUUUUGGAGUUCCAACUUCAUUGCAAGUUUAUGUAGGAGUUUCUUUAUUUGGAGUGAUUGCUGUGACAAUUCUAAUAUUUCUCGAAGAUCGUCGAUAUCGAUUGGUUCACGGACAUAAAACUUGUACAAGAAGAAAAUGGUGCCGGUUACUGUUUGUUAUAGCAUUGUAUUCUCUGGCUGCAGCAUUGCCUACACCUGUUUUUCUACAUCUUCCUGACCAAGAAACCGGAAAACUGGUGUCCCUAAGUAAAAACCAGUGUAUUCCACGUGAUCUUAUAAACCAUCCUAAUUUCUUUCUGCUUGAUGACGGAGGAUAUUAUAUUGUGAUAUGUGCCAUGUUCACAAUUGUUUUUAUUGGUUUUCAAAUACUUCUGCAAGUUGGGCUAAUUUGUCGGGAGCUCUUCAAACAUUCACAUGUUUCCAAAAGUACACAUAGACUGCAAAAGCAAUUUUUCAUUGCAAUGAGCUUACAAAUAGUUAUUCCACUCCUUGUCUUAGUUUUUCCAGUGCUUUAUUUUGCUUUUUCGGUUUCUUCAAAUUAUUAUAACCAAGGCGCAAAUAAUCUGGCAUUUUUAAUAGUUUCAUUGCACGGAGUCACGACAACAUUGAUGAUGCUCAUGGUUCACACGCCAUAUAGAAAUUCAAUUUUCGAAAUGCUAAAUUUGAAAUCCGCAAACCAGUCUGGUGACCACACUCGCCGUAUUUGGAAAAUUUCAUCUCUUGAAAGUCAUCAGAGAAUUUGA